AUGCGACGUGUUCGCCUUCUGUCGCUCGUGCUUGCCAUUGCCUGUCUGGGCUUGAGUGCUGCCCCAAAAACUAUUGCUGCGCAAGAACUUUCAGCGUUUCGAGUUCCGGCACCCGCGGGCCUGCCCAUCUGCCCGUUGAAUGUGAUGCAGCUCGAUCAAGUGAUGUACCCCUUCCAGUACGGCAUGCCCUGUGGAAUGGCCUCGCUUGCAAUCACGCCGAGAAACCAGGAGUCGGCCGCGUUCGAUCGUAUUGACGAGACCUCUGAGGAGAACUGCUUCGGUGAAUUCCAGCACUCGCUGAGCGAUACAGCCCGACCGGUUUCGCCUGCCCCGGCAAUGCCGAUGGCCGAGUUCGAAGAUCAGACGCCUGCCUGCGACACCACGUUGAUUGAAGCCCUGGUACGACAAACUGUCGAAGGAGCACGUCGCUCGCUGAUUCUGCUCACGCCCGAGCACAUGUCGACGAUUAUCGAUUCGCACCUGCAGAUGGUGGCCGACUUUGCCACGACCGGAUUCGCCCCCGAGUUUUGCUACGGCCCGGCCCCACAACCCGCGAAGCCUGCCUUGCCGGUUGCCUCGGCAGCCCCAGUUGUGCCCUCCGCUACCGAAGAAGUUGCCGUUGAAGUGCCGUUCACCGAUCGCAGCCUGUCCACCCACAGCCUCAUCAUCCACGUGAUUCCGGAAGAAGAGGAAGUGGUCGAGCCCGCGCGUCAGAUGUUGCCUUUCACCUUGCACUUCACGCCCUUUUCUACGGGUCCAAUCGUUGCCGGCAGCCUGUCGCACCUGGCCACCGACCCUCGCGUGAUGCUCACCCGCGAUCAGGCCCUGGCUCGCGACUACGUCUUCAAUGAAGGUGAUCUCUUCGCAGAAGACGGCUACUACCAGGACGAGUUCGACUGCGUAUGGGCCGGAAUCCAAGGUGCGAUGUGCGGCAAGAUGAGCAACCUCUACAGCACCGCCUAUGGUGCUUAUCGGGGGCCGACCGCCGCGACGCUGCAAUCGGCCGUGGCCAGCAAGAAAAGCAUCGCCCCCAGUGCUGCCUGGAAAGGCUGUGAAGCCGCCGCCGCUUUGGGGCGGAAGCAAGGAGACAGCUCGCUGAAGACCGCCGAGACCCCUGAAGUCACACCGGAGCAGCGAGCGGCCGAGUUCACUGCCGCGGCCGCCGAGUGGCUGAAGCGACUGGGAACGGCUAUGACCGACCUGGGCCAAAAGAUCGAGACUCUGGAAGCAGGCGAUGAAGCGGAGACGGCCAGCGACGAGAUCGAGGCCAAUCAGCAAGCCUCACUCGAUGCAGUGCUCGAGCAAGCCGUGAAGGCCACGCAGCCCUACUUCGGGCUGCCCCUUCAGUGGCGCUUCUGCCCAUUCAGUUACCCGAACGGGGCCGGUUAUGCGGGAUCUGCGACCGCCUUAAAGCGGGUCGGAGCAGGCUUGGUUGUCGCGUCCGCGGCAAUACUCACGCACUACGCUAAUGCCGAAGAGCCAAGUAUUCAGGCUUCACGUCUGGAUAGCUUUGCGGCCCCGGGAGGUGAGACCUACUUCGCCUUAAGCCUUACGCCGCAAGAACCUGUUCCGCAGAGCGACGGCCAAGACGUGGUGGUGCUCUUCGAUACAUCAGCUAGUCAGACGGGACCGUUCCGCGACAAAGCCCUUGCGACGUUGAACGAGUUUUUGAAAGGGCUGGGCGAUCAAGAUCGUGUCGCAUUGAUGGCCGUCGACUUGGAUGCCAUCGAUUUGACCUCAGGGUUCGUGGCUCCGAAGGGCGACGACAUGGCCAAUGCGGUAAACGAGCUGAACGCUCGCACUCCGCUUGGUUCGACCGAUAUGGAGAAGGUGUUGAGCGCUGCAGUCGAUCGACUUGCCAGCGACGGUCGUGAUGCCCGCAGCAUUGUUUACAUCGGCGACGGUAUGAGCACCGCCGACCUGAUUCGUAGCGAUCAAAUGCGAGAGCUCGUCGAGAAGCUCACCAGCGAACGUGUUCCGGUUACUAGCUUCGCGGUUGGUCCCAAGCUUGAUACCUAUUUGCUCGCCACCUUGGCCAAUCACUCCGGUGGGAUGUUGUCGGUUGAUGAUGCGAAUGUAACACCAGAGCAAGCUGGUGGUUUCCUGGUACAUGCCGCCCGCGAGCCCGUCGUAUGGCCCAGUUCAGUGUCGUUGCCCGAGGGAAUCCAAGAGGUCUAUCCCAAGCAACUUCCCCCGCUACGAGCCGACCGUGACACGAUUCUGAUUGGUGUCGGAAAAGCCGAUGGUCCAUUCGAUGUCUCGCUCGAAGGUGAUGUCGCUGGUGCAUCGACUGAGUUGGCCUGGAACGUACAGCCAGGCGAGUCGAACCAAGACAAUGCUUAUCUUUCGCGAUUAGUGAACGAAGCUCGGAACGACGACGGAUUGGCCCUGCCGACCCUGGGAACACCCGGAUUGAACGAAAUUCGUCGUGUUUACGAUGCCCAAGUUCGCGAUUUGAACGCCCUUGGCGAGCAGGCCGUGGCUAGCGGACGCUUCGAUCAGGCCGAACGCCUGGCCGCCGCGGCUCAAGAGAUUGAUCCCAACAAUCCAGAGACGGAAGUCAUUCGUGGGGCCGCACAGCGUGGUCGUAGCGAUGCUACGGCGGAUGGUGGUGCCGCACCGUUGCGAUUGGUGCAGGUGCCCGACGUUCUGCCCGACCAACCUCCGCUUGGCGAGGGCGAGGCCGAACUCUUUGAAGACGGUUCGUUUCUCGAUCAGAUCAACGAACAGCAGCAGCUCACUCAGCAAAUGAUGGAGGCCGUUGUUCAAGACGCCAUCAAUCAAGCCAGGGGUGCCCUAGACGUCGAUCCGUACUCCGCCCUGGAGAUGCUGAAACUUCGCUCUGAAGAAGUUCGUCAGGCACCGAAUCUCGAUCCGGAAGUGAAACGGCAACUUCUGCGAAGACUAGAAGUGGCCAUGCGGCAGGCGACUUUCCGUGCCGAUGAGAAACGUGCCCGCGAUAUCAAGGCUCAGGCCAUCGAAGCGGCUGCUCGUGAGCAAGAACAAGCUCUGCUCUCGUUGGAGUUGCGGGAACAAAAGAUUCAACAGUUGAUGGAGCGUUUCAACGCCUUGAUGGACGAAGGCUACUACCGUGAUGCCCGUCGUGUUGGCGAUAUGGUAACUGAGGUCGAUCCACUUCGAAACGUCGGCCAGCAAGCAGUCGAAGUCGCCGGUAUGACUGGUGCUGCGAUAAUCGCUAUGCAAUUGCGUCUGGAUCGACAGAAGGGCGUCGUGUUGGCUUUGGAAUCGGUCGAACGGUCGCAUAUUCCGACCUCGGAUGAGCCGCCCAUUGUCUACCCGCCUGCGGAGGUCUGGCGACGGAUUACCGAGAGUCGUGAGCAGUACGCCACGGUCGAUCUCUCGGCGAGCAAUCCGGCAGAGCAAAAGAUUCAAAAAGAACUGGACGAACCGACCACGAUCGAAUUCAUCGAUACUCCGCUCGAAGACGUGCUGAACUACCUUGAAGACCUGCACGAAAUCGAAAUCGAAAUCGAUCAACGAGCCCUAGACGACCUGGGUAUCGACUCGGGUACACCGAUCAACCGCAACCUGACGGGCAUUUCGCUGCGGUCGGCUUUGCGACUGAUUCUGAGCGACCUGGAUUUGACGUACAUCAUCGACAAUGAAGUGCUGAUGAUCACCAGCGUCGAAGAAGCUGAAACGCGUCUUGUCACAAAAGUCUAUCCCGUGGCAGACCUUGUGGUACCGAUCCAGGCCUUUGGCGUGGGUGGUGGCCUUGGCGGCGGCGGCUUCGGCGGUGGUGGCGGUGGCGGUGGCCUCGGCGGCGGCGGUGGUGGCGGCUUCGGCGGCGGCGGUGGCGGCUUCGGCGGCGGCGGUGGUGGUUUCGGCGGCGGCGGUAACUUCAAUGUCGGCGACAACUUCAUCCCGGCUAAUGUCUUGCCCGACGGGUUGCAAAACUUCCGAGCCUUCGCGGUCGAAGAUGGUCUGACCCUCAGCUCGAAGAAGCAGCCUGAGAGCAAGAAGCCGGAAGCCAAAGUAGCUGCCACGCCCGAUCGUACUCGGGAGAGCCUUCCGUCGACGGAUCCUGAAGUGAGCGAUCACAGCUACAUCGAAUUGGACGUCGCAGAAGGCGACGACCUCGUCGUGGCCUGGAAUGAUUACUUCGCUUCGCACCCCGAAGAGCGUGCUGAAGUGAUCCGAGAGACUUCGCGUCGCCUGAUGGCCGAUCGCAAUUUCGAGAGCCUUGUGGCGAUGCUCGACGCCGCUUUGCGGCACGGGUAUGCCCAGCCCUGGAUGUACGAAGGAAUCGCACUGGCUAUGCAGGCCGCAGGCCGCUCGUCGGAAGACGUUGAACGCGUGCUGAUGUCGGCGGUCGACUUCAGUGAGAACAAUCUCGACUUGAUGUACAUCGCCGCCUACAUGGGCCGCAGCGGGUUGGAGCAUCGGGCACUCGAGCUGUACCAACGAGUUGCCGCAGACGCCCCCACCCGACCUGAACCAUUCUUGUUCGGCAUGAAGAUGGCCCAAAAGUUGAACGACCUCGAAGCCAUUCAAUGGGCCACCGUAGGCAUUCUGAGCCAAGCCUGGCAAAACGAUAAGAACGACGUUUGGAAAAACGCUUAUCGCUUGGCCGAAGCAACCUUGAAGGAAUUGCGAGAAGACGGCCGCACCGAAGAGGCCGAUGCCUUUGAAGCCAAGCUGGACGAGGCAGUCGUUCGCGAUUGCGUGGUGGUCGUUUCCUGGACUGGCGAGGCAGACGUCGAUCUACUUGUUGAGGAACCUGCCGGCACGGUUUGUUCGUUCCGGAAUUCUCGCACGACCUCUGGUGGUGUAAUGUUGGGCGAUAGCCUGCCGCAGAGCACAUCGGAAGAAGGCGGAAGCUACCGUGAAGUCUACGUUUGUCCGAAGGCAUUCUCGGGAGACUACCGCCUCAUGCUGCGACGGGUGUGGGGUAAGCUUACGGCCGGCAAAGUCACCGUAGAUAUCUACACGAACUAUCUCGGUGAGUAUGCCACGCAUCAUCGGCAUCAGAUUCCGCUGGAUGAGAAGGACGCCUUGGUGUUGUUCCGCGUGGAAGAUGGCCGGCUCGAAGAAUCGCUUGAAGAGCAUCAAGUGGCCACCGCCGCGAACGAGCAAGUGGCGAUGCGACGCGAAAUCUUGAAUCAACAACUGGAAAAUGUUGCUGACACCUACGCACUGAGCCAGUUGAAUGGAAGUCGCAAUCGUGCGAUUGACGGUGGUGCUCGGCCAUUUGUGCCGGGGGCCAAUGCCGUGGGCUUCCAACCGGUGAUUCAGGUGUUGCCCGAAGGUACGAACUUCAUCGCCACGGCAGUCAUCUCGGCCGACCGUCGCUAUGUUCGCUACAGCGGUCUCCCAUUGUUCUCGGCCAUCACCGAAGUGAACACAUUCAAUACCUUCACUGGCCAGUCUGGAACUUCAACCACGCCGAGUGGCGGUGGUGGUUUCAGCGGUGGCUCCGGCGGCAACUUCUAG